AUGAUAAAAAAAUUUUUAAAUAUAUUAAUUCUUUAUAGCAUAAUCAUAAAUGGUUGCUUCUUCUUCGAAAAGGAUGUAGAUUAUCAAAAUAAUAUAAAAGAAAAAACCACCUUGUUUAAUUCAUUUAAAAUAGAUAUAAAAAAUAAAAAUGAGUGUUCAUUAAAAUAUUAUGAAUUAAAGACUUAUUUUAGAUACAUAUACUUAGUUGAAUGUAUCCCCAAUGCAAAAAAUGUAGAAUUGCAUUUUAUAAACAUAUCAAAUAGUAAAGAAAACAAAAUAACUUUUUAUAAUAAAGACAAUAAAGAAAUAACUAAUGAUAAUAUAAUUUUAAAAUUGAAAAGUAAUAUAAAAGUAAAUUAUAAAGUAUGUCAAUUAUCCGAAGUGCAGAAAUGUUUCUUUAUUUCAAUCGUUAUUGUAUUUAAAUAUGAGGGAAAAGGAUUAAGAGAAUUGUUUGUAAAUAACUUUCUUGUUGAUCAGAAUAAUAAUUUUAAAGAUAUUGAUCUGUUACAUCCUAACAAUAUGAAAAUAAUUAAUAAAAAUAAAAUUUCCUAUUUUUUUUUUGAUAGCAAAAUGAUAAAAAAAUUCUAUGAAAUUAAUAUUAAUGUUGAGGGAAACACACCAGUAUAUUUGUAUGCAUCAUCCUUUUUAUAUAAUUUUGUUUACAUAAAUAAAAAUUUGAACAAUUUAUUAAAAGAUGAAAAUUAUAAAUAUGAAACUUAUUUUUACAAAUUUACUUGUUCUGAUAAUUUCGAGAUAUUUACAGGUGUAUGUAAUUUUAACAAAAAUGAAUUUUAUAUUUAUAAAUUAAACAUUUUUUGUUAUAGUAAUGACACAAAUAAUUUAAAUAAUCUGUAUGAUAUAAAUGCUAUACAAUAUUUUACUGAUAUAAAAAAUGGAAUAGAUGCUUCUGUUAAUAAAAACUUCAUUUUACCAUCAUUUCAUAUAAGCACAUAUAGAUACAAUAUUUUUACAUAUGAUGAUAAAUUUUGGUUAAGAAUUAGAAUUCAUAAUAAAUUGUAUAAAAACAUCACUAUAAAUGAUAAAAAUGUAAUAUCUGAAUAUAAUUUAAUAACAUUAAAUGAUGAGAUAGAUGAUUUAUUUUAUGAUGAUUGCAUAAAAAAAUGGCAAUUAAUAAAUGCCUAUAAUGAUGAAUAUAGAAAAGAAAAAGUAAAUAAUAAAAGCGAUUAUAUGAUGUUUAAUAAUAUUUAUGAGGAAGAUAUGAAAUAUUAUGAAGAUAAAAAUAUAUUUAUUUCCCAAGACAAAAUAAAUUACAAUAAAAAAUUAUCUUGGCCAAAACUUUUUUUAACAAAAGAAAAAAGGAAGUUAUAUGAGGAAAUAAAUAAAAUUAUAUUUCCAAUUAAAAAUAUGUUUAUACUAAAAUAUGUUUAUGAAAUAAAUAAUGACGAAAAUAAUGAUAUAAAUAAUAAUAAAAACAAUAGUAAAAAUAAAUUAAAUGUUGUAAAUUAUUUUUUUUAUAUAAAUAAAACACCAAAAAAUAUUAUAGCCAAUAGUUUUUCAUUUAUUGCAUUUUUAAUAAAUGCCAAUUGCACAGAAAAAAAUAUUUGCUAUUUAGAAAACAACAAGCAAUCUUAUAUUGAAGUAAUAUUUAAAAAAAAACAAAAUAAUUUCAAUUAUUCAGAUACAAAUUUAUUAUUAACAAAAAAUCCUAAUAUUUAUGAUAUAGAAAAAAACAAUUCUUCUAAUUUAUAUAUAAAUAAUAAUAAAAUUACUAGCAGUACGAAAUAUAUAAUAAAAGAAAUAGGAAAAUCAAAGGAAAAUAUAAAUAUAAAAAUUAUAAAUAAUGACAAAAAAGUAUUGAAUAAUAUUGAUUUAAUCAUUAUAAGAAAAAACGUAAUUUUUAAAUUUUUCUUAAAAAUUCUUUCAUAUUUCUCAUAUGCAUAUAUUUUUUUAUCAUGUCUACAACCUGCCAGAAUUUUAAAUUCUAUUAAAUUUAUACAAAUACUGACUUUUCUAAAUUUGAAGUAUCCAUUUCCAUCAUUAUUUAAUUAUUUUAUUAAGAAAUUCGAAAUGCUUUCUUUCAUUUCACAUACAUAUGAUGUUAAAAUAUAUAGAAAAAAUACACACAUAUCAAAUAUUAUAAAAAAUUUAGAUAUAAAAGAAACGAAAAUUAAAAAUAUUACAAAAGGGUAUAACAUGAAUAAUAAUAAUUAUAAUGUAAAUAAUAUUAAUAAAGUCAUAAGUAAUAAUGCAUAUGAUAUUAAUAAUAGAGAUAACAAUAUAAACAGUAUUGGUAAUAAUAAAGAUAAUAAUAGUAAUAUAAGUAACAUUAAAAAUAAUAAAGAAAAUGCUAAGAAUCAUGAUAGUAAAAUUAUAAAUAGUAUUAGCAAUAAUAAAAAGAACCACAGCAAUAGUAACAUUAUAUAUAAUACUAAGAAACAAUUAGUUAAUGAAGACAAAGCAAAUAUAGAGUAUUAUAAUAAAGAAUUAUCUUUUAAUGAAAAUAAAGAAAAUUCUAUAAGUGAUAAAAAAUUAAAUAAAAAAAAUAAAUACUUUAAAAAUGAUAGAAAUUUUAAAUUGAAUAGUAGCUCAAAAUAUGAUAUUAUACUUUUAAAUAUUUACAUUAGUACACUUUUAAAUAUUAUUUAUAUUUUAUGUUUACUAUUAAUUUUUUAUUUUAUAAUUACUAAAUUCAUAUACAUAAAAUAUCAGUCAAAAAUACAUGUCCCCUUUUUAUCUCCCCAAAAUUUUUUUUUAUUUGUAUUUGAUAUAUUUUUAUAUCCAGUUAUUUUUUCAACAUCCAAUAUAUUACUUUUGGAUAGAAUUUAUGAAGUAAAAAUUUAUUUUAUUUAUAUUGAUUUUUUUGUUAUUAAAUUUAUUUGCAUUUGUCUACUUCUUUGUUACACCUUUUCUUAUAUUGCUACUUCUUUUCUUUUUGUCUUGUCUAUUAAAAAUAAUGUUAUUUAUGAUUAUAAGCUAGAAAAGUUCAUUCCAGUAUCCAUUUAUAAAUUAAAUGGGAUUGUACAAUAUCUCCCUUUUAACUUUUUUUUUAAAAAUGUAUGUGAUAUAUCUUUAUCAUCAAACCAAAUACUUGUUAAAAAUCAAAGAGAAAAACAUGUUUUUAAUUAUAAUAUUAUAAAUGUGAAUAAUAUAAAAAAGGAUUUUCUUUUCCCUUGUUUACGUUAUGUUGAUUUAAAUGUGCUAAAAAAAGAGCUUUUACGAACCAAUUUACCUUUAAAAAGAUUUUUUAAAAACAUAAUCAAAAAGGACAACGAAAAAGGUGAUAGUAAAAUGCUCGACCAAAUGUUACUAGAAGAUUUUGAUUACUUGAAAUAUAACAUUAAAAAAAAAAAAAAAGAGGAUUUCUUAAAUCAAAACUGUAAUCAAAAAUACUCAUUGAAUGAUAACAAUUCAGAUGAUAUAUUUCUUUCAAGUAAUAUUUUAUAUCAUUAUGAAGUCUAUGAUAAUAUAGUUAAAAUUUUAAAAAAGAUAUUUUAUAUAGUUGAAGAAUAUUUCCAUGAAAGUGAAAGUGAAAAUGAAAGUAAAAGUGAAAGUAAAAGCAAAAGUGAAAAUGAAAUCAAAAGUGAAAAUGAAAUCAAAAGUGAAAGUGAAAGUGAAAGCAAAAGUGAAAGCAAAAGUGAAAGCAAAAGUGAAAGUGAAAGCAAAAGUGAAAGCAAAAGUGAGAGCAAAAAUGAAAUCAAAAGUGAAAAUGAAAGUGCAAAGUUUUUUAUGUUAAAUGAUUCACUAGAUAUUAGGAAAUGUAAAAAUAAUAUUAUUGAAUUAAAAGAAAAUGAGAAUACUUGUAUGCAAUAUAAUAAAAGUGAUAUAAAAUAUAGAAUUUUAAAUGUUAAUAAAAGGACAGAAAAUCAUUAUACCAGUGAAACAAGUGAUUUUGACAAAGAUAAAUAUAAGAAUAAUGAUAAAAAAUUGUGUUAUUUUAAAAAAAGGAUUAAUAAUUAUAAAAGAAAAUGCGAGUAUGACGAUAUAGUAAAAAAUGAUGUAAAAAAAAAUAAGUAUUUCAAAAUUACUAUUGAUAGAAAUUUUUUAAAAAAUAAUACUAACAACAAAAAUAAUUUAUAUUUUUUAAAUUCUUUUAAGAAUAUAAAAAUUGGAUAUAUGUAUGAUAAAAUAUUAUUAUUUAAAAAAAAAUUAUAUUUAAAAAAAGUAAUAGAAUUAAAGCAUUUAUAUAUAUUGCUAUCUCAGAAAAAGAGUGUAGAAUUAUUUGUUAAUAUUGAACAAACUUAUAAUGAUACAUUAAAUAAUUAUUCUUUUCUUAUUAAUAACUGUUUUAAUGAUGAUAUCUUUUCUUUUGUUUUUUUAAGAUCGAUAAUUGUUGUAUGUAUUAUUUAUAUAAAUCUUUUUAUUCCUAUAAAUAUGUACGCUAUAUUUCUUUUAUUGUCUUUUUUUUUCUUAUCUAUAUUUUUAUAUAAUUUUCGUUACAGUUUUAUUAAAGGAAAUAUGAAAUUUUUUAAAAAACAAUUUAAAAAAUUUUCAUGUGAUAAAUGCAUGAUAAAACAACAUGACAAAAAUAAUUUACAUUCAUAUUCUAUCAAUGAGAAACAUAGUAAAUAUCAAAUAAAUAAUAAAGAAGGGAAUGAAGCAUCUGGCAAUUAUGACAAAACAAAUUAUGAAGAGAAAUAUUAUAACAAGGAAGUAUCUUAUGAAUCAUAUGAAAGAGAAGAAUAUAAUAGAGGAGAGUAUGAUAAAGAAAGUUAUACUAGCAAUAGUUAUGUUAAUUUAAAUAAAAACAAAAUGUUGAAUUAUAAAAACAGUAAACUUGCUAGUUUUAUAGGAUUAUAUGACUACAUAAAAAAUUAUUGGAUAAGAAAUAUUAGAAUAUAUUUCAUUUUAAAAAAUCUAAAAGAAAGAAAAAAUAAUUCUGAAUUAAUUGCAAGUAUAAUUUUUUUUUUUUUAUUUAUUUCUUAUUUGUUUAAUGAUAAUAAUAAAGAGGAUUCUAUAUUUUUUAGUUUCGUAUUGACCCUUUUAACAAUCAUAUUAUAUAUAGAUUUCUCUGUUUUAAAUAUUAUCUUAGGAGAAAUACUCACAUAUAUUAGAAAUACCAUAAUAAUGAAAGCUAACAUAAUUUAUUUAAAAACAUAUUCGAUAUAUGCUUUUUAUAAAUUUCAAAAUAUACAUACUUAUAUAAAUAUAUCUUUGUUCAAACCAAAAAAUAUAGAAAAAAAUAAAUCAACUAUAAGUAAAAUGAGCACAAUUGACCCUAACUAUCAUCAGAAAACAAAACAUUAUAAAUUAAGACAUAAUUUUGAUAGAAUAAUUAUUAAAAACUUAAAAGUUAACAAUAUUGAAAUAUAUCAGAAUGAAAGCGAUAUGAAUUAUAAAAAUGAAAUAUUGAGAAAAGGUUCCUAUAAUAAUUAUAUUUUCGAAAAUAAUUUUUACAAGAAUUUAUAUUGUUAUGGAAGAGUAAAUUUUAAUGAACACACUAAAAGACUAUCAACUAUUCCUUUAUAUCUUAAUAACAAAAUAGAAAAAAACAAAAAUUUUUAUAUAUGUACUAUUGAAGUUACACAAGAGAAAUAUCCCAACAUUAAUAAAGCCAUAUCUCUAUUUAUAAAAAAAAAAAAGAAAAAGGGUAUUAUAUUAUAUUAUAACAAAAUUUUAGAUAUUCUUAUAUCUAAAACAGUGUAUCAAAAGAGAGAUAGUCCAAAUUGCAAUUUAAUCAAAAUGAAAUCAAAUUAUAAUGAAAUUUUAAGAGAAAAUAUAAACGAUGAAAACUUUAAAAUUAGGACAAAUAUUACAACAAAAAAAAAUAAUUAUGAAGAUUUAAAUAAUAUAAAUUUAUAUGAUAAUGACAAAGAAUUUAAAAAUAUAAAAAUAGAUAAAUAUUCUUACACAAUAAUAAAUGAAAACAACUUAAUUAUCUCUAGCAUAUUUAUUAAGCCAAAUAAAAUAUAUAAGAUGCAAUUAGUAUUUAAAGAUAAAUAUUUUAAAAAUAUUAAUAUAAGUGAUAAUGAAUUUAAUAGUAAUAUAUAUAAUAAUAAAAACCAUAACAUAAAUUAUUAUAAUUGUGAUAAUCAAACAUAUAAAAAAAAAUACAAUAUAAAUACAUGUAUAGAUGGAAAUGAAGAUAAUAAUAAGGAUCAUAAUAAAAAUAAUGAAAGUAAAAGUGAUAAUAAAGAUUAUCAUAAUCUUAUUUAUAAUCAAAAAGACUAUCAUAUGAAGAAGGAUGAUUUUAUUAUGUUUCCUAUUAUGUGUGAAGAAAUAGGAAUUUUAAUUGUUUCUUAUGAUAUUAAUAAUGUAGACAUGUUUUAUGAAAUAAAAGUUGAAAAUAAAUUUAAAGAAAGUUUUUAUCUAAAUACUCAUUUAAAUUAUAUUUCUUUCUUAAAAAAAAAAAAGAUUAUUAUAUUACGGCACAAAAAAUUUUAUAAAAAUGAAAUAUAUCAUGUUUACCUAAAAAAGAACGACAGAUUCCUUUCUGAUUAUAUUACAAGAGAAAUUGAAGUUAGAAGUACAGAAAAAGGACAAAUUGUUCUGAAUAUAAAUAACAAAAAAGAGAACUUUGAAAGUGGUGAAAUCGAAAAUGAAAAUAACGAAAUAGAUAAAAAAAAAGUAAGUAUAGAACAAUUCAAUGGUAACAGAAAAAUAAUCUUUGAUGAUAAUAUUAAUAUUUAUAAAAUAUGUAGUUACAAUAAAAAAAAGUGUAUUUUUGUUAAAGUUCAUAAAAAAUAUAACACUUUUUUUGUACGUCAUUAUAAUAUAAAUUAUAAAAAAAAAUGUAAUUUUUCAUCUUUUAAAAGUUUGUUCUCUAAUAAAGAGAAAGAUAAAAGUAAGGAGAAGGAAUUUAAUGAUAUUUAUAAUGAAAUAGAUCAUAACAGUUUUAUUUCUAUUCAACUAUUAUAUAAGAUCAAGUCAAAACAUGAUAUUGCAAUUAUCAAAUAUUUGCAGAGAUACUUUUUUAACUGUUUAAGCAAUACUUAUAUUGAAGGUGAAAGUAUAUAUAAGAAAAAAGAAAAGGAAAAGAAUGAAAAAGAAUCUCUUUUUUUUAAAAAAAAAAAAAAAGGAUCUGAAUGUUUCAAUUAUAAAUUAUUAAAUACUUCUGAUAAUUCAAUAGGUAACAUAUAUAAUGAAAAAAAACAUAAAAAUAAAGGAGAAAAAGGCAAAUCUUACAAAAAAAAUAAUAAAUAUUUUAAUUUUACUAAUAAAUUUGUAAAUCCAUUUUAUUCAAAGAAUACAAAAGUUAAUGACUUUUAUAAUAUAUCUAAAAAAAAAAAAAAAAUAAUUUCUAGGCUAAAGUUAUUAUUUAAAAAUAUUUAUUAUAAUUUUGAUUAUUUUUAUAAGUACAAGAAAAAAAGAAAUUAUCAUAAUAAAUUAAGACAAGAAAUUUUCUAUAGAUAUGUUGCUGAUUACAAGCAUAUAAUAAAAAUAUAUUCUACAAAUAUUGAAAUAUAUGAAAAUAAAUAUAAUUUUUUAGCAAAUAACAAAGGAAACAUUGAAGUUUUAUCUAGCUUUUUGCUGGAAAUUUUGAAUUUUACAUAUAUAUUAAAUAUAUUUCAGAAAUAUAUAAUACUUGAUAAAGAAGGAAAUACUAUUAAUUAUAAUGUCAAUAACUUAAAUUUCAAUAUUUAUGAAAUAUAUAAAAAGUGCCCGCCAAAUAAAAAACCUGUAAUAACUAAAAUAGUCACUUACUUAGAAGAACUAGCUUCCUAUAAGUUGAUACACAUGAUUACUUACUACAAAAAAAAAUUAAAUUACUUUGUCUUACUUGAUGAAAUUAAUAAUGAUGAAAAAAUUUAUGAAGUACAAAGAGAAAUUGAUAAUUUAUUUUAUAAUAAAUUUCAUUUUUUAAAAAGGGAAAUUAAAAAACUAGAAAGAGAUAAACAAAUGAAUAAUGAAGUUAAUAAAAAUAAUUGCAGCAUUUACUUAAAAUCAUUUUGUAACGCAAUUUUUGAAAGAUAUUUAAAGCAAAAAAGAUUAUUCAGAAAAAAAAUUUAUAAUAUAAAAAAAAAUAUAUAUGAAAUAAGUAAAAAAUACAAAGGUAUAAAAAAUGAUUUUUAUUUCCCAUUCUUUAUUAACAAAAAAUUUAUAAUAAAAACAAAAAGUGUGGAUAAACAACUAUAUGAAUGGAAUAUCUGUCUUACUAAUUUUUUUAAUAAUUUUUUAAAUAAUUCAUUAACAAAUUCUAAGAUAUAUUAUAACAUAAAUAUUUUGAAUAAAAAUAUUUUAAAUAAUAUAAAAGAAUCUUUAUUUGAACGAAAAAAAAAUGCUUCCAUUGAAAAUUUUAAUUUUAUUCACAUUGUUAUUUCAGUUAACUUUCUAAACCCAGAAAACGGUUUUUUAAUACCUCCAAUUUUCUUUUAUAUGAAAUUUUUAUCUUCAAAACCAAUUUUUUUUCUUUGCAAUGAUAAGAAAAAUGAAAAAUUGUCAGAUGAUCUUAAACAAAUUAAGAAAAAACAAAAAAAAAGAAAAAAGAAAAAAUAUGAUGAAAUCAAUGAAUUACAUAAUAGUUCAAAUGCAUUAGUCAGUGACACUAUUUCUUCCAUUAUUUAUUCAUCUAAUGAAAAAGAAGAAUUAGUAUAUCAUAAAUUAUUACCAUGCUAUAUAGAAAUUAUAAAUCAUGAUUUAUUUAUUUAUUUUUUUGAUAAUUAUAAUAACAAAAUAUGCUGGAGGAUAGAAAAAGGAAACUACUAUUUAAAGACAAAAGAUAUAUAUACAAUAAACACUAAGAAUGAAAAAAAAAAAAAAAUACUAAUUGAAAGUGAUAUAAAUGAAGAUUACCAAGCAUUUUAUGAAAAAAAUGAAAAUUUAUGCUCUUUUAAUAAUGCAAAUAAAAAUGAUACUUCUUUUUUUUGUUCUUUAAAAAAAUAUACUAAAAUGUAUAAAAAAAAAAAAACAGACAAAUCUUUACAGUAUUAUAGUUUAUUGGAAAACGAAGAAAUAAAUAGAAAUCAUAUAAAUAAAAGAAUCAAUUCUAUCUUAAAGUUACUUCAUUUAUUUGCAAAUUAUUUAUGUAACAUAAAAGGGAAUAUUAAAAAAGCCCUACACUUUUUCUUUAUAUGUGAAGAGCAAGAAAUUUUCGAUAACAGUGAGUCAAAAUAUAUUAAUGUAUUGAUAAAAAUUAAUCCUUUUAUUUUACCCACUUUAAGGAAUAGAUUAAUCAUAAAUGAUAAUAUGUACCUUAAACUAACAGAAAAAGAUAAUUUUUUAAUUAAUCAAAGGAUGAAAGAAGUUUCUUUGAAUUCUUUUCAAAUAUUUGAAUACGAUGAAAAAAUAAUAGAAGAAGACUACCACUUUAUCUCACAAAAAGGAUGUACUAGUCAAGUAAAAAUUUUUAACAAUAAUAAUAAAAAUAAAAAUUAUGUUAAUAAAAGUGUAAAUGAUUUUUCGAAAGAGAAAAGUGAAGAAUUAAAUUCUAAUAUCCAAUUAAACACUACCUAUAUAGAAGCCAAUGAAUUAAAUAAUGGUAUAUAUUAUGAACUAAACAUAUUUACAUAUAGUUUUUAUAAAAAAAGAGUAGAAGAGUUAAUAAAAAAUUAUGAAAAGUGUAAGAAAUUAGAAGAGACUAUAAAUAUUUAUGAAAAUUUGGAUUCAUUUAAAAAUAAUUUAUAUGAGUAUGAAAAUGAAAAAGAAGAGGGCCAAAAUAAAGGGAAAAAUGAUGUAUGGUCUAUUGAAAAAAUAGAAAAAUGUGAUAUAGAAAAAUUAACUGAAAGAAGUUAUAAAAAAAGUGAUUCAAGAAAAGAAUAUGCUAAUAGAAAAGAGGAUAAAAAAAAGUUUGGUUAUUUAUUAAAAAGUAUAGAAAGGAUGAGGACGUUAAAUUUUCUUAAAAAAAGGAAUAUAGAAGAUGAAAUAAGAACUAUACAUAAAGAAUUAAUAUUUUAUGAUAAGAAAAAAGAAUUAUUUUGUAAAUAUGUUGGUGAUAUUAAAAAUAUGUUAUAUAAUGGAAAAGGUAAGUUAUAUGAUAAAUUUAAUAGUUUAAUAUAUGAUGGAGAUUGGGUAAAUGGAGAAAAAAGUGGAAAAGGAAAAUUGCUAUUCAAAUAUUUUAAUAUAUGGUAUCUAUAUGAAGGAGUUUUUUUCAAUGAUGAAAUAAUUGAUAAAGGAAUAAUAUCUUUAAUUGAUAAAGAAUAUGUGAAAAAAUUGCAUUUAAAUAAAAUAAAUAAAUUAUGUCCUUUAUUAAUUAAAGCUAAUUUUGGUAGAGAAAAAAAUCACAAAGAAAAUGAUAGAAAAAAAAGUUUUAACAAAGAGAUGAUGAAAAAAAUACAAAAUAGUGUAAUGUCAAAAUAUAAUUCUACUAAUAAUGUGGAUUAUUGGGAAAAAGAUAUUAUUGAUGUUUAUAUCCCUUAUUUAAAAAAAUGGAAUAUUUACUCAUUUUAUUGUUCAAGUAACAUAGAAAAUAUAAAAAAGAAAAAAGAAAUUUUUGAGUCUAAUGAAAAUAAUUUUAAGAAUUUAAUUGGUUAUCCAUCUUUUGAGCUCAGAAAUGGAGAUAAUACUAAUGCAACUAUAAUGAAUCUCACAAAUAAUAAUAGUAUUACUGUUGCUAGAAGCACUUCCAAUAUAAACGAAUUUUCAGGCCAAGACAGUAAAGAAAGAGAUUCAGAAAAAAAAAAAAGUGAUAUUUCCUUUAAGAAUAAAAAUUUUAAUUUACCAAAUAAUUAUAUAAAAAAAAACAUAUCAAAUGAAAUUUCUCAAGAAGAUAUAAUAUAUAGAUAUGAUGAAACUAACAUUUUACAUGAACAAUUUUUCGAUUAUAUGAAAACAAAAAAUGAUGAAAAAUUAUAUUAUCCAUUAAUAAGUAGAAAUGUAGGAUUAGCAAAAAUAAUUUAUGCUGAUAAAAGUGAAUAUUUUGGUUCAAUAAAUAGUAGAGGGCAACCUAGUACCAAUGAAGAAUAUCCUAAGGCAUUUUUUAAUAAUAAAAACUUUUUUUAUGAAGGAGAAAUGAAAAAAUUUCUUCCUCAUGGAUAUGGAAUGUUUAAAAAUAAAGAUGAUAAUAAAAAUACCUACUUAGGAUUUUGGAGAAAUGGAUAUAGAGAAGGAAAAGGAAGUUUAAAUUUAAAGAAUAAAAAAUAUAUUAUUCAAGGUAAUUUCUUAAAAGAUAAAUUACAUGAUAAUAUUAAUAUUUAUAUUAAGGAUGAAAAAAUAUCCAAGCUACAUCUUUCAAAUAUUAAUGAGAACUCACAAAAAAUAAAAAUAUAUUUUAGAAAUGGAUAUGUCUUUUAUGGUUAUUUUUCAAAGAAUUAUCAGAGAAAUGGAAUAGGAAUAUUAAUUAAUAACAAUAAUAAAAUUUUAUAUCAUGGUUAUUAUAAAAAUGAUAUGAUUGAUAAAUUUUGCUAUAUACUACGUCAUAAAGAUAAUAAAAUUUAUUGUGGUAAUUUAUAUCGAGGUUUUAAAAAAGGAUUUGGUAAAUUAUACUUUGAAGAAAAAUUAAAAUUCAAUGAUGAAAAUGAAUUUAAUUUAAGUUUAUCUAAUGCUCAAAUAUUAGCCAGAAAAUUAGAAGCAUAUGAUGGAAUAGAUAUUAAUUCAGAUAUAUCUUUAAAUAUUUCUUUUGAUUCAACCCAUAUUAUAUAUAUAGGUUAUUGGGAUAAUAACAAAUUUUCUCAUUUUGGUUCUUGCAAUUUAAAAAAUGGAUUUUAUAAAGGUGAUAUAAAAGAUGCUAAGAAAGAUGGCUUUGGAAUAUAUAUAUAUAAAAAAAAAAAAUCUUAUAAAAAUAAAAAUAGAUAUAUUUUAUCUUAUUUUAAAAAUGAUCGAAUAUAUAAUAUGGGAAAAUAUUACAGUGAAUAUGAUAAACUUAGAGUAUAUUCUUUUGAAAAAGAACAAAUUAAAAAAAAAUUAUCUACUUCUGAUAAAUGCUUUAAAAAGGAAAGAUUACAAAACGAUAUUAUGACAACAGAUAAAUUAUAUAUAGAUAACGAACUUGACGCGUAUAUUACUAUGCCCUUAAGUGACUUGCUAAGUAAUAUUAUGAAUGAUGUUUUUGACACUUCUACAAGUUUCAUAAAUUAUUUGAAUCAACCAUUCCAUUUUGAUUUAAAUUAUUUCUUAAAAAAAUAA